AUGCGCGGAGCAGAGAAAGCGGUUCGUCCUGCCAGAGAGGCAGUGACAGUUGCCAAAGCCACUGGAAAGCGAUCACUUGUCAGCACCUGUUUGUAUCAAUUGGCAGAAGUGCAGUUGAUGUCCUACCAAUUGGGGCCGGCAAUGGGCUCCGCCAAGGAGGCCCUGGACAAGUUCCGUGAAGGCGGUGAUAAAGCUGGAGAAGCCGGAGCUAUCAUCCUCAUUGCAGAGACGCACUAUGCUGGGGGCAAGCACGACAAGGCAGAGGAGACGGUGAAGGAGGGCAUUGAUUUGGCAGCUGAAUGCGGUGACCAGAGGAAAGAGUCAUAUGGCAAGGCGCUCUUGCAGCAGAUACAAGAUAGCCGGCGAGCACAGCAAGAAGCUGCACAAGCAGCUCGACCGGCAAUGAUGCCGAUGCAUAUGUUGCCUCCACAGGCGGGCGGUCCAAGUCCUGAAACACCCGCAGCCGGAUCUUCUGCCGUCGUGGAGUCCAAACAGGUGGGUCUUGACCCAAAUAUGGUUUCAGCCACGGUCCAGGAGAUGGCGAAGCAAGCUAUCGGAGUGGAUGAUGAGCUUUUCUUGGACAGUGCAUUGAUGGAUUCCGGAAUGGACAGCUUAACAGCUGUCUCCUUCAGGAAUGGCUUGCAGCAACAAUUGGGUGUGAAGCUGCCAUCUUCACUGAUGUUUGAUUAUCCUACCAUGAAGGAAGUGUCGAACAGGAUUGUUGAACUGAGUCUCUUGGAUGGCAGUUGGCCGAAGAUGACCCAGACUUGCAUGUAG